AGGCGACCACCGAGUGCUACACGGACAUCGCGGACGAGAGUGCGAGCCCUACGCGGCGCUCUCGGGCUCGUCCCCGCAUCGAGGACGGGCUCUCAGCUCUCAUGAAGGGCGGCGGGCCGUGUCCGGAGAAGGCCCGCGUCGCCAUCUCCGGCAUGCCGGCAGCCCACUUCACCGUCGCCUCCUCGGUCGCUGCCGCAUCCCUCGCAGUACGAGGUCGGCGUACCGUCUGCGCGUACCUGCUCGAAGGCCUACAACCGCACCGCGGCGGCUUGUCGCAGGCGACCACCGAGUGCUACACGGACAUCGCGGACGAGAGUGCGGGCGUUCGCGCGGUCACUGUCACGUCUCGGCCCGUCCUCGACAUCGACCCGACCGCCGUCAUCGCCGCUCCAGUCGACGCGGCGUUCGACCCGGCCAUGUGUGCGCGAGAAGCCCUACGCGGCGCUCUUCGGGCUCGUCCCCGCAUCGAGGACGGGCUCUCAGCUCAUGAAG